AGUGCUAUUGCCGGUAACAUCAUGUAGAGGAUUAAUAUCCCUCCCUUGCAAACCCCAAACACGUCGCGCACCACACGCCAUCGAGCAUCAACGCAAAUCGAUGGCGGCGAUGGGUUCCCUCGCAAAACUCAUCAUCGUUCACUGAUGAAACCAAAACCUAAACCCUACUCCUUCCUCCCUCUCAACCGAUUUCUUCGCGCGCUACAAUCUCGUCCCCUCAUGGCCCAAACCCCAACAUCUCUCGAUGCAGAGCACCCCUCCGACAACGACCAGCACAUGGGCUUUCGGGCGCGGAGCCUGAGCGGAGAGUCUCGGGCGGAGCAAGCGUGGGCCCAUUGGACCAAGCUGGGCCGGCCCAGGUUCAUAGUGGCCCCGAUGGUCGACAACUCGGAGCUGCCUUUCCGGAUGCUGUGCCGCAAGUACGGUGCCCAGGGCGCGUACACGCCCAUGCUCCAUUCCCGCAUUUUCACCGAGACCGAAAAGUAUAGGAACGAAGAGUUCACCACUUGCAAGGAGGAUCGACCGUUGUUUGUUCAAUUCUGUGCCAACGAUCCGGAUGUGUUGUUGGAAGCUGCACGCAAGGUGGAACGUUUUUGCGAUUAUGUUGAUAUUAAUCUUGGGUGUCCUCAGCGCAUUGCUAAACGGGGAUACUAUGGUGCCUUCUUGAUGGAUAACCUUCCUCUUGUGAAAUCUCUGGUGGAAAAAUUGGCUGUUAACCUUCAGGUUCCUGUUUCAUGCAAGAUUAGGCUCUUUCCAAAUUUAGAGGACACUUUGAAGUAUGCUAGGAUGCUUGAGGAGGCUGGUUGUAUGCUUUUAGCUGUUCAUGGCAGGACAAGAGAUGAGAAGGAUGGGAAGAAAUUUCGAGCAGACUGGAAAGCUAUCAGGGCUGUGAAGAAUGCAGUCAGAAUCCCUGUCCUUGCGAAUGGGAACAUAAGGCAUAUUGAUGAUGUUAGAGACUGCUUAGAAGAGACUGGGGUCGAAGGGGUUCUUUCCGCUGAGACCCUGCUAGAAAAUCCAGCUCUCUUUGCUGGAUUUCGAACUGCUGAGUGGGUGUCUGAAAGUGAAGGUACCAAUGUGGAUGGAAAGCUGGACCAGGCAGAUCUGCUAAUAGAGUAUUUGAAGCUUUGUGAAAAAUACCCUGUUCCGUGGAGAAUGAUUCGUUCUCAUGUUCAUAAAUUGUUGGGAGACUGGUUCAGCCUUCAGCCUCACAUCAGGGAGGAACUUAACAAACAAUCUAAAUUGACUUUUGAAUUUCUUUAUGACAUGGUGGAUCGACUUAGGGCUACAGGUAUAAGAAUUCCACUUUACAAAGAUACCCAAGUGGAACUUACAGCAGGCAGUUACCCAGAUUAACAGAGCUGCACGCCAACAUUUGGAGUUCAAAUUUAAAUCAAUGAAAUAUCUUAUGCGGUAGAGGUGGUGCGGCCAGCCAAAGCUAGCAUGAUUGCACAUCAUUUAGAUACAAUUUUGUAGUGAUUAGAAGUGAGAAUAGUUAAAAUUUCUAAUAUGUGCUGUAUUUGUGUUCAUUCUUAUUGCAAUUGCCAAUUGACAGUGUUGUACCCUAUUAAAACGCUUAUGUUUGCUCAGAGCAGAUAAAUUUAUGCGAUUACCUUGAAUGUUUCAUAGGCUGGAUCUGGUUUAUGUUU